AUGGAGGAAUUGGCCGAGGACGCCUGUGAGGUUACCACGCUUGUACCGCCGAAACCUGAGGCAGCGAAGUAUGCAAAACCGUCGCAGAAGAAAGAGGGACAUUUCCAUGCUCACAUUAACAGUAAUGGAAACCAGGAAGAAUAUAGACAACGUAAGCCAUGUCCAAUCUGUGGUGGCAUAGAUCACCGGGUUCGGAACUGCUCGAAGUUCCAAGAACUAAAUCUCGAUUCAAGAAAGCGUGCAGUACGCCAGUGGAAUUUGUGCGAAAUGUGCCUGAAUGAGCACGGUAAUUGGAAGUGUAAAUCAAGAAUCCGAUGUAACAUCGAAGGCUGUAGAGUUCAGCACCAUCCGUUGCUCCAUGUUCCGGCGCAAGCCAAAAAGGGAGAAGCAACAGUCGUUAAAUCUGUUUGUAAUUCCCACAACGAAUUCAGAAAAGCGUUUUUCUUUCGAAUAGUUCCACUUACCCUGCACAACGGAAAUCGCACUGUCGAUACUUUUGGAUUCUACGAUGAAGGGUCAUCACUGACCAUAAUGGAAUCAUCAUUAGCACGCCGCCUAGGAAUAGAGGGAAAAAGGCAUCCGCUGGAACUACAGUGGACUUCCGGUGUAACCCGGAACGAAGAUUCAUCCAAGCUCAUUAAAUGCAUGAUCUCGAAGUUAGGAGAUCCGAAACAACAUUCUUUUACCGCACACACGGUUUCGAAACUUGAGCUACCGAAGCAAACCCUCUGCUACGACGAAUUAGCUAAUCGUUAUGAACAUCUGAAAGAUAUCCCAAUCAGUUCAAUUAACGAUGCUCAGCCUGAAGUGCUUAUUGGGUUAGAUAACAUUGACAUUUUAACCCCAAUCGAAAGUCGGCAAGGUCAACCUGGCGAACCUGUUGCCGUGAGAUCAUUGCUCGGAUGGGCCAUCUAUGGGCCUAACGAGGCAGGAGAUAGAAAUGACAAGAACUCGGUCCGAGUUAACUUCCAUCGCUGCGACGCAGAUCAAGAACUUAACGACCUCAUCCGACAACAUUUCGUUCUGGAGGAACCCCAGAACCCGUUUGCGCCGAUUCUUGAAUCUGCCGAAGACAAGCGAUGUAAAACGAUCCUAGAGGAAACCACGGUGUUCCGUGACGGUGCAUACGAAACUGGUUUGCUGUGGAAAGCAGAUGAAGUGUGCUUCCCAGAUAACCGGUACAUGGCUGAGAGACGUCUGAAAUGCCUAGAGAGCAAGCUGUCAAAAGACCCCGAACUCCAGGCCAACGUGCACCAACAAAUACGAGAUUAUUUGACAAAAGGGUACGCCCAUAAGGCGACCGAAGAAGAGUUGGCAGAAACUAGUGCUGAACGCGUCUGGUACCUCCCCCUGAAUGUGGUGACGCACCCGAAGAAACCGAACAAAAGACGGCUAGUGUGGGACGCAGCGGCCUCAGAAAUGUUCCACCAAAUCCGAAUAAGAGCAGCAGACAAAAACUACCAACGAUUCCUGUUUCGAUUCGACGCAACACAACCGCCCGACGUGUAUAUUAUGGACGUCGCGACGUUCGGAGCGACGUGCUCGCCCUGUUCGGCGAUCUACGUGUUGCACAAAAUAGCGGACGAGUGUCGGGAGGAUUUCCCGAAAGCUACUACAGCUAUCAAGGAGAAAACGUAUAUGGACGAUUAUUUCGAUAGUGCCCCCACUUCUGAGGAAGCAGCUGAUCGAGCGAUUCAGGUGAAAGGAGCCCUUGCUCGGGCCGGAUUCACCAUGAGAAAUUGGGUUAGCAACGAUGAAUCGGUGCUACAAGCAGUCGGAGAGAAUUCGGAACAGAAAUCGCUCUCACUUAUCAGUGACAUAGGAGGCGAUAACAUCGAGAGGGUCCUUGGACUGGAGUGGAACCCACGGCAGGAUUGUUUCCAAUUUCCUACCAGCCUACGUGGUGAGCUGGCGCCGUAUGUUUGCGGCGAACGACGACCGACUAAGAGAAUGGCUCUUCGAUGUAUUAUGAGUCUUUUCGACCCAUUGGGUCUUCUGUCCCCGUAUACAAUCCACGGGAAGAUGCUGUUCCAAGAUCUUUGGAGAUGCGGCAUACAAUGGGAUGACGACAUUCCGGAUGAAGCUUUCGAGAAAUGGGUCCGAUGGACAAAGCUUCUCCAAGAAAUCAACAACCUUCAGAUCCCCAGGUGCUACUGUGGUGGAGAUCAUGCUGGAGGGUACGAAACAUUGCAGCUACAUGUGUUCACCGAUGCCAGUGAACUGGACUACGAAGCGUUGACACCCAACCACUUUUUGGGUAACUCCACGGGAGAUCAGGACCCUAUGCGUGAUCCAAUCAGUCUCAGCCAAGCACUGCAAAGCAGUUACCUUCGUUCGCAGUAUUUAGCUGAUGCUACAUGGGACAGAUGGCUGAAGGAAUACUUUCCUAAUAUGAACAAGCGGUCCAAGUGGUUCGAAGAUGUGGUGUCGGUUAAACUUGGAGACCUGGUAUAUAUUGCGGAAGGCAGUCGGCGUACCUGGAUCCGAGGAAGGAUCGUGGAGCUAAUCCCGAACAAGGAUGGAAGGAUCAGACGUGUUGCAGUACAAACGACAUCUGGACGACUCGAGAGACCGGUGGCGAAGCUGGCCGUUAUGGAGAUAGGUAACGGUGAAUCCGAGCAAGGUGAUACGGAGGCCGUUCCGGAUUCACGGGGUGGAGAAUGUUCUGGCAUCCCUGACGUCGCUGCAUCUGAACAGACCUAA